CUGGCACCGACCGGGCGCUAACCCCAGACAGGUGAGCGCGGCGCCUCGCACACACCGGCCCAAACUUCACCACGACUCCCUCCCUCCCUCCGUCCCUGGAGACUGUCCAUGAGGUUUACCAGACUACGCUGAAGGUUCUCAAUCCCAAACUUCGCUGAUCUAUCUCCGCCAGAGAUGCUGCCCGACCAGCUGAGUUACUCCAGCACUCCGUGUCCUCGCUUUUACCAGCUCGCCGCCUGGAUUUGAAGGAAGCUUCUACUGAUCCACACUACCUGCCGAUGGGCCGUGUCGCAAUGAGAUUACUGGCCGCCAUUCUGCUGGCUGUGGGCAUCUGUGCCCAGGAGCUGCCCUCGCUGCCACACAGAUGCAUGGAGGGCAGUUGUUACCCUGCCACGGGCAACCUGGUGGUGGGCCGAGUCCACAACCUGACCACCACCUCCACCUGCGGCCUGCGGGGCCCAGCCAAUUACUGCAUCGUCAGCCACCUGCAGGGACUGAAGAAAUGCUUCCAGUGUGACUCACGGGCACCGUACAACCCAGACACCAGCAGUUCCAGUCACCGGGUGGAGAAUGUCAUCUACCUCAGCGACCAGACCGGGGAGAGGACCUGGUGGCAGUCCGAGAAUGGUGAGGAGAAGGUGAGCAUUCAGCUCGACCUGGAGGCCGAGUUCCACUUCACUCACCUCAUCAUGAAGUUCAAGACGUUCCGGCCAGCAGCCAUGUACAUCGAGAGGUCCGCGGACUUUGGCCGCUCUUGGAACGUGUAUCGCUACUUUGCUUUCAACUGCACCGUCUCCUUCCCCAACAUCCCCACUGGGCCACUGAGGAGAAUCGACGACACCAUCUGUGAGCACCGCUACUCAGACAUCGAGCCGUCCACACAGGGAGAGGUUAUUUAUAAAGUGCUGGACCCGGUGGUGAAAGUGGACGAUCCCUACAGUCUGCAGAUUCAAGACCGGCUGAGGAUCACCAAUUUGAAGAUCCACUUCACCAAGCUGCACACUCUGGGGGACAAUCUGUUGGACCGGCGGCCGGUGGUCCUACAGAAGUAUUACUACGCCAUCUACGAGCUGGUGGUGCGCGGGAGCUGCUUCUGUUACGGCCACGCCUCGGAGUGUUCCCCUGUGGCGGGCGUCCAAGGAGACGUGCCGGGAAUGGUAAGAUCCCUACAAACCUCGCCGUUCACCCACUCACAAUGUCACCUGGACUUGCGGGCCUCAGUUACACAGAGAGUGCCUGGUGUUCCCGCAGCCUGUGACUGUGCCGCUGAGGGGUCGGACACUCUCCAGUGCGAUCGAGCUACUGGCCGCUGCCUCUGCCGCCAGGGGUUUACCGGGGCCAGAUGUGACCAGUGCAGCCGAGGCUACCUCGGCCGCUUCCCCAGCUGUGCGCCCUGCCACAUCUGCUUCUCCAUGUGGGACGAGGAGGUCGACUGUCUAUGGGAGAGGAUAGAGGAACUGCGGGAGAGGCUGGAUCGGGCACUGGGCACGGAGGUCAACAGCACUGCCCACCACCCCCUGCAACAGCUGGAGGAACAGUUGGCAAAGCUGCACUCUCUCAUCUCCUCACUGCUCCCCAACAGCACCCUGCACCUGUACCCACUGCAAAACCUGUCCCGGGACCUCAGGCAGGAGCUGGUGGCCGUGUCGCAGAGACUGGAUGAUGUGGAGAGCGCCGUUGCCAGGACUCAGGAAGCCAACCGGGGUGCGGAGGGACAGGUGGAAGAGCUGGACGAGAUGACCCGCAAUCUGACCGCAGCCCUCGCCCAGAAAACCAGGGAGCUGGAGAAAUAUAUAAAGAUGAGCUUCAAAGAGUACUUGGCAGCAGUGAGGGCAGCGUACUGGGAGUCUGGGCAGGCGGAGCGGCGGGUGAACGAGACGGUGCGGGGAGCAAUGGGACCGCUGCAGGAGUCGGUCGACACACGGCAGCGGGCAGAGGGGCUGCUCCAGCAACACCAGGACCAACUCCCCACGGACAUCACCGCUCACAGCAAGGAGCUGAGGGAGCUGCAGCUCAAGGUGCACAACAUGAGCAUGGACAACAUCAACAAGAAGGUGUGCGGGGGCUCGGGCAGCUGUGCGGACCCCUGUGGGGGGGCCAAUUGUCGGGAGGACGAGGGCGGGCGGCGAUGCGGAGGUCCCGGCUGCGGGGGGGCAUUGAGCAGCGCAGAGGAGGGGCUAUGGACGGCCAACAACGUCAGCGGAGCGACGCAGGACAUGGAGCGACUGCUCAGAACCAUCGCCAUGGAGCUGGCGGAUGUACAGGAGCGGGCGGAUCGGGCCAGGGCUCGGGCUGCAGACACACUGGCACGAGCGGCCGCUGCCCGGCAACAGCUCAACAUCACCGUGGGCAACUUGCGUUCCUUCAUCACCGCCCUGAAGGACUUCCUCAACGAGGAGGGUGCGGACCCGGGCAGCAUUGACCUGGUGGCGGGGUUGGUGCUGAACAUUACGCUGCCGUUCGGGCCGCGAGACGCCCAGCGCAUCAUGCAGGACAUCCAGCUGAGCCUGGACCGCGCCCAGAGUGUGGAGACCAUCCUCAACGAGACUGGACCCCUCCUCCGCAAAGCAGAGCAGCUGUGGCGGCAGGCCGAGAAAGCACGGAUGCGAGCGGUGGAGAUCCAGGACAGAGUGAGCCAAGCGGUGGACAACAUCGACGCAGCCAAGGCCAAGCUGGGCCAGGCUGAGGGAGCGCUGGAGGCAGCCAGCAACAGCACAGACACGGCCAACGCUGCCGUCAGCAAGGUCAGCGAGCUACUGUCCACCGUUGAGACACAGCUGACCGCGGCAGCCGACAGGAUGGGCAACCUGACAACCGGUGUCCAGGCACUGCAGAAUAAAACAUCCGCCAACCGGGAGCUGGUGCAGGAGGUGAAGAGGGCAGCACAGGAGGUCCUCAACCGCACACAACAGCUGGAGGCCGGCGACUGGGAGGAGGUGCAGCAGCGUUACCGUGAGCUGAAGGACAAGGUGGAUGCGGCAGGGAAUGGCGGAGAGGGAGAGGGUGAGAGGGCGAGGAAGCUGCAGGAGGAAGCGGAGGAGCUGAGGCAGCGAGCAGCGACUAGCCUGGAACGGCUGGACGCUCUACAGCGCAGGUUCGAGAGGAACGAGCAGGUGAUGGUGCAGAAGACGGAACAACUGCAGGCCUUGGAGGGCAAUGUGACAGAGUUGCUGCAGCACAUCCGCGAGCGCUCACAAUACUACGGCUCCUGCUCAUGAUGCACCGCUCCCCCUGCUGCAGCCCCUCGCAUUUAUACUGCUCCCUGCCUCCCACAGACACUGACCCGGUGGAAGGUACGGUCAGUGUGGAGGGCAUUGUGGCCACCACAUUGUCAUUGAGCUGGUGGUAUGGCUGUGUCCUCACCCACCGCUCCCCCAUACUCUCGCUGAUACUAAACUACAAUAAAUAUAUCAUUCAACCUCAA